AUGGAGGAUUUUGCUAUAAAGGAGACCACCCCCAACAUUCCUGCCGCGAAUGGUUCCAUGCUGCCUGGAACUGCAUUGGAUAUAGUCGAACAAAUGGACUUUUUGUUUGUCAAGGUUUUCAAUGCAAGAGGUUUUAUAGCAUUUGAUGGUCCAUACAUUGCUAAUCCUCAAGUGGUGGUGAAUCCCUAUGUGGUAGUGAAGGUUGGGAGAUACAAGGUUGCCACCAAAUAUCUCAAGUCAAGCUUAGACUGUGCUGAAACUUUUGCCUUCAAGGAAGAACAAAUUAACAGUGAUGAAGAAAUUGAGAUCCUUCUGAAGGAUGGGGCUGCCAUCACCAUUGGGAAAUUUUCUUUGUUGAUCUCCGAUGCUAUUCGGCGGGAUUCAGUUGGUACUUCAUAUGCACCUUGUUGGUAUGUGUUAAAGGAUAGAAACAAUAGGAAUACAAAUAUGGAGGUUAAUCUAACCUACUGGAUGGGGACUCAAGCCGAUGCAGAAUUUGCUAGUUCUUGGCAUUCGGAUUCAGCUGUUGAUAUGUGUUGCAUUCCUUUUACCCGUUCAAGACAAUACCAUUCACCAAUUCUUUGUUAUCUUAGAGUUAGUGUGAAUGAAGCAGUGCUUAGAGGUAACAAUGGGAAUGGCGCAAAAAUUUAUGUGAAGGCCACACUUGGAGAUGUCGCCAAGAAAACUAAGGUGUCAAAUAAGGUGAAUCCUAAGUGGGAUGAGAUUAUUCUAUUUGUUGUGGCUGAGCCCUUGGAUGGAUCAUUAGUUUUGACAGUAAAGGUGCAACCUAAUGGGGAGAGAAGUGUAAUUAUUGGGAGGUGCACAGUUCCCCUAGAAAAUGUGCAGAAGAGAGAGGAUGACACACCUAUUGUUAGUGAUUGGUAUAAUCUUGUGGGGCCUGAAGGAAUGGUUGGGAAGUUUCAUAUGGGGAUCUCCUUGGAGGGUGGAUGUCACGUUUUUGAUGAGUCGAUCCAUUACAGCAGUGAUUUCAGGCCAACUGCAAAUUCAGGGAUACCUAGUAUUGGGGUUUUACAUUUGGGAAUCUUGAAUGCGGCUGGUUUGCGGGUAAUGAAGCUGAUAGAGAAUCGAACAGAUGCUUAUUGUGUGGCUAAAUACGGGUCAAGGUGGGUGCGUACAAGGACGAUUCUUGACAGUGUUGCUCCACAGUGGAAUGAGCAAUUUAGUUGGCUUGUCUAUGAACUAUAUACUGUCCUUUGCAUUGCAGUGUUUGAUAAUUGUCACUUGCAUGGAGGACCUGAGGCACUUCAUCAACAGAUUGGGAAGAUAAGGAUUCGGCUAUCUACCUUGGAAGUGAAUCAUGUUUAUACAUUUUCUUAUCCACUUGCAGUCACACGAUAUUCUAAGGUAAAGAAGAUGGGUGAAAUUCAGUUGGCAGUGAGGCUUUCUUCUUCUACAUCUCUUAUUAAUAGGCUUCGUACAUAUUCACAACCCUUACUUCCCAAGAUGCAGUGCUCUAGUACGUUGUCUGAAUUCAAGCUAGAUAAAUUGAAGAAUGAAGCAGCUUCUUUGAUUGUGUUGAGCUUGACCCGUGAUGAGCCACCAUUAAGAAAAGAGGUCAUUAGCUAUAUGCUAGAUGUCAGUGUAGAAACAUGGAGCCUACAAAAAGCCAUAGCCAAUUAUGAUAGGGUCAGAAUGGUUGUCAUCAGUUUUCUUGAUUGGUUUGAGAAUAUACGCAAUUGGAGAUUUACAAUGAUUUUUGUUUAUGCCAGUCUGCUACUUGCGAUUCUCUUUCCAAAUAUGCUAUUACCUAUCAUAUUUUUAGGCCUUGUUGGGGCUUGGCUUUGGCGAUACAGAAAGAGGCCAAGACUUCCUCCUGAUGUGCAUAUCAAAUUGACUGGCAUAGUUAUUAACAGUAGAUACGAUCAACUGAGGGUCAUUGGGAGGAUGCAGACAGCUCUUGGUGAAUUGGCAACUCUAGGGGAAAGGGUGGAGUCUUUGUUGAGCUGGCGGGAUGGUCUAGGUUCAUCCGUGUUUUUUGUGGUGUUUGUAUUCUUAUGUGUGGCUGCAUUUUGCAUAACAUAUGCCAUUGGUUGCCGGUGGUUUAUGGUCUUUCUUAUGGUGCUUCUUGUGGUAAGGCUCCCAAUACACCGUAUUAUUUCCAUUUCAUAUCUGAAGAACUUUUUGGAUAGGAUGCCUACAAGAACCGAUAGCAUGUUUUGAGAUUGGGAAUAUUGCUGAACUCUAGGAAGCUAUUAGCCUCUCUGAAUUCUGAUGUCCCUUGGAUUUUAUUUGUUUUUACUCUAGUACAGGGGCAUUUUUCUUUUAUAAACUAAAGAGUGCCUUACCAGCAAGCUUUUUAUAUGUUGUGACAAUGGGAGCAGAGCUGAAGCUGGAA